AUUUCGUGGUUGGGCGAGGAACCAAAAGAGCUGAGAGGAUGAGUCGCGCUCAUUCGCACAAAGGAAGAAGAGCGGUGCAUCACAUCAGAGCUUGUACCUCCCCCCACAGGGCAACAUGGAGCAUCUCAUUCAUUCAACAACCAUGACUGAAACAACUGAUGACUUUGUCACUGAUUAUUACCCGGACUACUAUGACACAGACCCUACUGAGACCACCGGCAUGUGUGACAGAAGUUGGGUCCGACAGUUUCGCGGGUGGUAUGAACCCCCCCUUUUCUGGACCAUCUUUGUGCUGGGUGCCCUGGGAAACCUCAUGGUGGUCUGGAUCUACACCACGGUGCGCAACCGCCUCAAAACCAUGACCGACGUCUAUCUGCUCAACCUCGCCGUGGCUGACCUCCUCUUCCUGUGCACGCUGCCCUUCUGGGCGAUGGAUGCCACCAAAGGAUGGGACUUUGGCGUCAGUCUCUGCAAAGUGGUGUCCGCCGUCUACAGGAUCAACUUCUUCAGCAGCAUGUUCCUGCUCAUGUGCAUCAGCGUGGACCGCUACAUCGCCAUCGUGCAGGUCACAAAGGCUCAGAACUGGAAGAAAAAGCGUCUCUUCUACAGUAAACUGGCCUGCGUGGUCGUGUGGUCGGUCUCCAUUCUCUUUGCCUUGCCUGAGUUUCUCUUCGCCCAGGUGAAGACGGACCUAAGCGGGUCGUCCUUCUGUGUUCUGCUUUACUGGAACAACAUAAACAACCGCACAAAGAUCUUAGUGCUGUCCCUGCAGAUCUGCAUGGGCUUCUUCGUCCCUCUCCUUGUCAUGAUCUUCUGCUACUCCGUCAUCAUUCGCACGCUCCUGCAGGCCAGGAACUUUGAAAAGCACAAAGCCCUGCGCGUCAUCUUCAUCGUGGUCUUUGUGUUCGUCGUCUCCCAACUGCCGCACAACAGCCUGCUGAUGAUGGAGGCCUCGCAGGCCGCCAACACCACCAUCACGGAGUGCAGCGUCGUGAAGCGCUUCGACGUGGCCGGUCAGAUCGCAAAGAGCCUGGCAUACACCCACGCCUGCUUGAACCCUUUCUUGUACGUCUUUGUCGGUGUGCGCUUCAGGCAGGACCUCAUGAGUAUGGUCAAGAUGUGCGCUGGUGGACUAAGGAAACGGGGACUCUGCAAAGUCCAAGCGGUUCCUAAACGCCCGUCGGUCAUGACUGACACUGAAACCACACCUGCGCUUUCUUUAUAG